CGCGGUGUGGUGUGGUGGUUGCUGUAGCAGUGGCUUUUUUGCUAUCAGUUUGGACUGGAUAUAUAUAUAUAUAUAUAUAUAUGUUUUUGACACACAAACAACUUUAUAGAAACGAUUCAUUGUGUCACGCUCAAAGGAACCUGGAAGCAACGCAAAGCAGCCGUUACCCUAAUCAGAAUCCAACUUUUUGGCCCUAUAAACUCGCUCCAGAUGGUCUGAUUUUCUCUCUGUUUCAACCGAGUAAAAGGGCUUGUUCGGGGAGAGAGACCGACCUGGGGCUUCAUGGAUCGUCUUCGGCCGAGGCCGGGAAAGGUUUUCUCCUUCUCAACUGCAGAGAGGCCUGGACAGGGUUUUUCUACUACUUGAAUCUCAGAAUAGAGAAAAUGGAGAAAAUCUGUGAAGAGCUGGGAGAGCAAUCUAUAGAUCGGGAGUUCUGUAAAAAACUUGUGAAAGAUUUCAACUCCUCCAAAGGUCGAGUUGGGCAACCUAGCUUAAAGUGGACUGAGGUAGAAAGCUGGUUCCAGGAUAGGCUUGUUCCCCAUCCACUGAAAAAUGCUUCUUUACCUGAUCCUCCCAAGAAGUUGUCAGUUGUUCCAGAUGCUGGCCCUCUGAAUAAAGCCCAUGAAAGUCCUGCAGCAUCAAAAGGUGAAAAGGUUCCUGACCUAUCAGAGUUGGAAUUUGAAGCUAGAUCAUCUAAAGAUGGGGCAUGGUAUGAUGUGGAUACAUUUCUCAACCACAGAUUUCUUAGUUCAGGUGAAGCUGAGGUUCUGGUUAGAUUUGUGGGGUUUGGGUCUGAGGAGGAUGAAUGGCUUAAUGUGAAGGCCAUCCGUGAACGCUCUGUCCCCUUGGAGCAUUCAGAAUGUGGAAAGGUGAAAGUUGGAGAUUUGGUACUUUGCUUUCAGGAGAAGGGAGAUCAGGCCCGAUACUAUGAUGCCCGUGUUGUAGAGAUUCAAAGGAGAAUGCAUGAUAUAAGAGGCUGCAGGUGUCUUUUCUUGAUUCAAUAUGGCCAUGACAAAACUGAGGAAAGGGUUCGUUUGAGACGAUUAUGUUGCCAGCCAACAUAUUAGAUCUUUUCAACUGAUGAUGCUCAAACUUCAAAUUCAAUCCUGGCUGUGGCUGCUUAUCCUUGUGCAGAUUGGGUGGGUAAAUAUAGUUUGCAACUUUACAGGCAGCUCCAUAUUUUUUUGUCAUAUUAUAAGGAACCGGUUGCAUGUUGGUUUGGGUUGAGAUGGUAGGCUCCAAGAUGGUUUAUUAUGCUGGUGUUUGCUAAUGCUAUGCUAGCUCCAGAUUCAUCUUUUAUGGACUUGGGAAAAUGAAUGGUACAUUGUAGAGUUAGGUAUGCAGUUCGCAAGUAAGGAACCGGUCUUUAUAAAAACAACUCUUGCAGUGCUAUUUUAAUGGAGAUGAUGAUUGUUGUUCCGAAUGCA